UGUCGUUCGGUGUUGUUUGCUGUCGUUCGGUGUCGUUCGGUGUUGUUUGCUGUCGCUGAUCAUCGCCGCCUCGAUCUCGAUCACCUUCCCCUGCGAUAUCGACCGAAUCCGUCUCUGUGCUGAGGAUCCACCAUGAGCAGUGCCAUCGCCCGUCUCGUUGCCCUGUCGAAGGAGCGCGCCCCCGUCGCCAACGUGCUGUUUGGCGAGGUCGUCGGCACCAAGAUGCAAAAGACCGUCAAGGUCCGGGUCGCCAACACCAAGAUGCACCCGAUCAUCCAAAAACCCGUCACCAUCCAUCGCAACGUCUUUGCCCACGACGAAACCGAGCAGUGUGUCGUCGGCGACUACGUCCGCAUCGAUCAUUGCCAGCAAAAGAGCAAAAACAAACACUACACCCUCGGCGAAAUCGUCCUGGCUGCAAAGCGGGCACAGGACUCGACAGGCAAGCUGCACACCCAGCGGGUCCACCGCGGCGACCUCACCAGGACCAGCCCGCUCUUCCAGCAGUUCUCCGACGAUGCUCAUUCGCAGUCGUCAUAGAGGCAGCCGUGGUCGCUCCUAUCCACGCACUCUGCAUCUUCGCCGUCCGCGCCGGCAAUCGCUGUCCCGACUGACCUGCCGACCGGAUGAAG